AUGUGUCUCUUCUUCCUCUCCCUAUUCCUCUUUUUCCUCCUCCUCUUCUGGGUUUUGGACUGUAGCGACACAUUUACUCGGACGAUGGAGCCGCGUCAUUCUACCGCGUUUCGUUUUUUAGCAACUCUCAAGGAUUUCUUCCGGGAGCUGCCCGAGCCUCUCUUUACCAAUACCCUCUAUCCGAUGGUCUACGAAGCUACGCAAGUAGCAGGGCCGGGUGACUCCCACAUGGGAACAAAGCUCAUUCUUAAUAUUUUGGACUGUCUUCCAACCUCAAAUCAAGGUACUAAAAUCCUCCACAAAAUCGUUUCAUUAACAGCUAAAAUGGUUUCUGAUCUUGCUGUGUGUUUUCAGGAAGUCUUGCUCUACCUGUUGGACCAUCUAAAACGGAUCACCAGCAAGUCAAUGGUGAAUAAGAUGAACUCGCACAAUUUGGCCGUCUGCCUGGCACCCGUUCUUCUCCACCCCUCACCGGAGGCCGCGAAGGACAUGGAGCCUUCGCUGAUUGAGUCAAGGAAGAUGGUCAGCAUUCUUGAAUGCAUCCUCGAUAUCUGGCCCUGA